AUUCGUCUCUAGCAUAGCGAUUUCUAGAUUAAACUUAAGGCGCUAAUUGGACUGUUCUUCCUCAGUUAUUGUUCAUCGUAUUUUUUUCACUCUUCAUAGCUUGAACGUUUUUUCCCCAAUACCAGCCAUGGUGUCAUUCAACUCGAGCGAUAGCAUUGUUAUUGUGGGUGCGGGCAUCGUUGGCCUCAAUGUCGCUUUAGUUCUCGCUGAGAGAGGAUAUGGACAGUCCAUCACUGUCAUAGCCGAGCACCAUCCAGGUGACACUUCUAUGACAUACACAUCGCCAUGGGCUGGUUGCAAUUUCUCUGCCAUUUCUGGGAGUGACGCCAACGCGUUGAAGUGGGAUCAGCUGGGUUACUCCCACCUCACCAAGCUCGCAUCUGAGCGACCUGAUGAGACUUUCGUCCACCGGACGCCGUCGACCGAGUUAUGGGACGAGAACGUUCCCUACGAUAAAAUCAAGGCCAUGUCAGAGUACCUCGAAGACUUCAGAAUUUUACCCCAAGAGGAGCUCCCCGAGCAGGUCAAAUUUGCAGUUUCCUUCACAACAUUAACCAUUAAUGCGCCUAAUCACCUUCAGUACCUCUAUAACAGAUUAAAACAGUAUGGCGUGCAAUUCUUACGACAGAAGAUCCCCAGCAUUCUAUCGGCGUUUGCGAGCCCGACGACCAAGGUCGUGUUUAAUUGCAUCGGUAACGCAGCAAAGACGUUGCCAGGUGUUGAAGAUGCCAAGUGCUAUCCGACCAGGGGCCAGGUUGUUUUAGUCAAGGCGCCUCAGGUCCGAUCCAAUGUUAUGCGCCACGGCAAGGAUUAUGAGACGUACGUGAUUCCUCGGCCGGGAUCCGAUGGAAAUGUUAUUUUGGGUGGCUAUAUGCAAAAGGGGGUUGGUGAUGGAGCAACUUACUCAUAUGAGACGGAGUCCAUUUUGGACCGCACUAAACGGCUGAGCUCCGAGCUUCGUGAAAUGGAGCCUCAGAUCCUGGCGGUCUUUGCUGGCCUUCGGCCUUCUCGCGAAGGUGGGGCUCGCAUAGAGAGAGACGAGCUCAUUGUUGCCGGUGACAAGAGAGUCAUUGUUCACAACUAUGGUGCAGGUGGCACGGGGUUCCAAGCCGGCUACGGCAUGGCCAUGGAGGCUGUGAAGACCGUCGAGGACGUAUUACGGGAGAUUCGAAAGAACGAUACGCGGCCAAGGCCUAGGCUAUAAAUAAUGGGGACUUAUAGGCUUGUCGAUAGUCUUGGGUUUCGUAGCCUUCAAAGCCGAAUAAUUCAUUGCAUUUUGAAUAACCCGACCCUUCUACAUUCCCAUCUUCUUUCGUUCGUUCCUCUUGUGAGUUUCGGUGUGAGUUUCGGAGUGGAUCGGCGGCGAGCGAGAUUACAGCGAAGUACAACUAUUGAAAAUAGUGCGCCGAUAAGACAAUUAACUGCUCAAAUACGGGCUCGAAUUAUUAUAUUUAAGGGAGUUGUAGCCACAAUGAGGGAAUUGGCCUAUCGACAACGCCACACUGUCCCUUGUUGUUUCGUUAUCAGUGAGG